GUCUGACCUUCACCACCAUCGCACCCUCUCGUGGCUUAGCACUCUUCAACUUGUUCUUGACCGUGGCAUAACGCAAUGCUCUCUAUAAUACACUUCUCUUUUUUAGUUGCGCUGAUCUCCCAGCUCUUGAUGGUCCAGGCGCAAUUUCCAUUCUUCGACCAGAUGUUCGGGCACGGAGGGCGCCAGCAGCAACAACAGCCUGCAGGAGGUCACUCUCAAUGGAUGGCACAUUCGGAAGCAGUCCCAUGUUCCAGCUAUCUUUGCCCAGACACGCUCGCAUGUGUCUCACGGCCUGAAGAUUGUCCAUGUCCCAACGUCCAAGACGUCAAGUGUGUUAUUACAGAUUCCGAGCAAGAUGAGAGUGGGACUGUCGUAUGUGUGCGUGGUGGGAUUGAUUGCAAGGUGGUGGAGGGGUUGGCCAACAAGUUCACGAAGUAGACGAGACUAUGUUGUGUCACACGCAUAAAAUUACUCUAUUAUAUGGACGGCGGGCCGCUC